GAUGCUGUCGAUGCUACCACCCACUAUGAGAUCUAUGCCACAGAAGAGACGCCUUCCCUCACUGCCAUCAUUGUGGACACGAACCCUCGGGCGUGGGCAGCCAUCAACAAUGUCCUCCCCAUAUCCAAGGCUCUGGCCAACAUCCUCGUCUUUGUGAACUCACAGCUGGCCUACAGCAGUUCCAGCCAGGUUGCCAUCAUAGCUUCACAUACCAACCGCGCAGUAUGGCUGUGGCCCACACCACCAAAGCCCCCGAAGCCACAGGAGAACGGUGACGACGUCGAGAUGGCUGAUGUCGACCCAGCUUUUACCUCCAACUUACCAAAGAUGGUGCCCUUAUCGAAACGCAAGGCUUCGGCCAACAAAUAUGCCCAGUUCGCCCAGAUCGAGUCCUCCAUCCUCACAUCUCUCCGCGACCUCAUGACCUCAACUACUGAGGCCGACCUCGCCACAACCACGACCCAGAUCUCUGGCGCUCUGACCCUCGCCCUCCACCACGCCAAUAAGACCUCGCUCCAGCUGACCGCCGCAGAUGGUGCACAGGCAACUGCUGGCUCCGCCAAGAACAACGGUGCCCCUGCCUCCGCCAACCCAGCCGCCCUCUCCUCCCUUAGUGGCUCCCUGCGUGGCCUGCACGCCCGCAUCCUCGUCCUGUCCGUUUCGGACUCCUCGGCGUCCCAAUACAUACCCACCAUGAACGCCGUCUUUGCUGCCUCCCACGCCGGCAUUCCCAUCGAUAUCCUAUCGCUCCACGGGGCGCCAACCUUCCUGCAGCAGGCAAGCUACAUCACACGCGGCACCUUCCUCGAGGCCACCAGCCCGCAGGGUCUCCUCACCUACCUCAUGUUCGGCUUCGCCUCCGCCAUCGACUCCAGGCAAACCGUCACCACCACCACCACCGGCGCAGGACAGGCCGGCACGCGCGCUGCGAUCGAUGGAGCCACAGGGCUGGAGCAGCUAGUGAGCCCGUCCACUACGAACGUCGACUUUCGGGCCGCCUGUUUCUGCCACAGGAAGGUCAUCGACACGGGCUUCGUGUGCAGCAUCUGCCUGUCGAUCUUCUGCGAGGUGCCCGAGGACGCCGAGUGCUACACGUGCGGGAACAAGCUUGCCCUGGGAAGGUAUGGCGCAAAGCCGGCGGUCGUGCCC